UAUGCAAUAACAGUCUAGCACCAAAGUUCACAUCGAAACUCCACUGGUGUCCCUGGCUGUUUUUAUCUCUGUAACUCCACUUCUCAGAAGCACAGGGUUUUAGCUCUACAAAAUGAAAUACCCAUUCCACUGUCUUCUCAUUUCUCUCAUUAUAAUAUCCACAUGUGAUGGAAGCGAAGGUCUCAAAGAUCAGCCAAAUAAUAAAAACCUAAGCAUGCUCCUUCUGCCUGCUGACUUCCACAAAGAAAACACAGUUACUAAUGACUGGAUUCCAGAGGGGGAGGAGGAUGAUGACUAUCUGGACCUGGAAAAGUUACUCAGUGAGGAUGACAACUACAUUUACAUCAUAGAUGCAGUUUCUCCAACAGACUCAGAAUCCAGUGCUGGAAACAUCCUGCAGCUUUUCCAUGGCAAGAGCCGGAUCCAGCGUCUUAACAUUCUCAAUGCAAAGUUUGCUUUCAACCUCUACCGCGCACUGAAGGACCAGAGCAAUUCUUUUGACAAUAUCUUCAUAGCACCUGUUGGAAUUUCUACUGCCAUGGGAAUGAUUUCCUUAGGCCUGAGGGAACAGACCCAUGAACAGGUGCACUUGGUUUUGCACUUUAAAGACUUUGUUAAUGCUAGCAGCAAGUAUGAGAUCAUGACCAUCCAUAAUCUCUUCCGUAAGCUAACUCAUCGCCUCUUCAGGAGAAACUUUGGGUACACCCUUCAGUCAGUCAAUAACCUUUAUAUCCAGAAGCAGUUUCCCAUUCUGGAUGACUUCAAAACUAAAGUCAGAGAAUAUUACUUUGCUGAAGCCCAAGCAGCUAACUUCUCAGACCCUGCUUUCGUAUCAAAAACCAAUGACCAAAUUCUGAAGUUCACCAAGGGUCUGAUAAAAGACGCUCUGGAAAACAUAGAUCCUGCUACUCAGAUGAUGAUUCUAAACUGCAUCUACUUUAAAGGAUCCUGGGUGAACAAAUUCCCAGUGGAAAUGACACAUAACCACAACUUCCGCCUAAAUGAGCGAGAGGUGGUCAAGGUUUCCAUGAUGCAGACCAAGGGAAACUUCCUUGCAGCAACUGACCAGGAGCUCGACUGUGAUGUCCUCCAGCUGGAGUAUGUGGGGGGCAUCGGCAUGUUAAUCGUGGUCCCACACAAGCUGUCAGGGCUGAAGACUCUGGAAGCACAGUUGACGCCCCAGGUGGUGGAGCGGUGGCAAAAAAGCAUGACAAACAGAACUCGGGAGGUACUUCUGCCUAAAUUCAAGCUGGAGAAGAACUACAAUCUGGUGGAGGCCCUGAAGUCUAUGGGGAUCACAGAGCUGUUUGACAAGAAAGGCAACAUGUCGGGAAUCUCAAAUCAAAAGAUCACCAUUGACCUGUUCAAGCACCAAGGCACCAUCACGGUGAAUGAAGAGGGCACCCAAGCUGCAGCUGUGACCGCAGUGGGGUUCAUGCCGUUGUCCACCCAAGUGCGUUUCACCGUGGACCGCCCCUUUCUGUUCCUGGUCUAUGAGCACCGCACCAGCUGUCUACUUUUCAUGGGGAGAGUGGUCAAUCCUGCCAGGUCUUAAAGGGGCCAGCUUGGGUGCCUGCCAUGUUUUGAGGGCACUCUAACUCUGUUUCAUUGGGACAAUGAGGACAGCGAUGUUUUGGCAUCAUAACUUACAUAGUUUAUACUACCAAUCUGAAUUUGAAGCCCAUAUGGAAGAAGGAAUUUAUAAAUGACCAAGAAGCUGGUUGGGACCAAUUCUGUACAGUAACAAUGGCCUGAACCCACAGCAUUGGUGUAACUACUAUGUCAGCUGUUCCUAGACAGUCUUAGCAACAGACUGCCUCAUCUCCCUCUUGCCUCACAGCAAACCUAUACAGUGCACCAAGGCACCUCCUUCCUCCACAGCCCGAUCCUUACAUACUGUAUAUGGCUCUAUUACUCAAAGCCUUUCUCAACCAAGGCCCCUCAGCUGAACACAGAUUACAGAAAUGAACCAUGUGACACAGGGGAUCCAACUAGCACCAUUCCCAAUGCCCCAGGAGAUGCAACUUUGAGGCAUACAGCAGUUGGCCUGGGCACUGAAGCUUAAUUCUUUCAAGGCCCUGUUUCCAAGUUUAUGUAAACGUCAUUUGCUUCACUGUUACCCAGAGGACAGAGUGUACACAUGGCCAUAUCUUCUACCCUAAAGAUAAAUAAAUAUAGCCACAUUUACUAUG